AUGGCUCCACCACCUUCAACUGUAGUUUCUCCAUUUGUUUCUCUUAUUGUAAGGAUCCUUACAUUUGUUUGCCUUAUCAUUUCACUUAUCCUCCUGACUACUGCCACUGGAACUGCUUCAAAUUCUGAUUACGGAGAUGUCAAGAUCAAGUUCAAAGACUUUAAGGCGUUCAGAUAUCUUUGUGCUGCCACUGUCAUUGGCCUUGUCUAUACUCUUCUGCAAACUGCAUUAACACUUAUUCAUUUAAGCACUGGAAACCGGUUUGGCGGUGAUGGCUUGGUUUACAUAGAUUUCUAUGGCGAUAAGGUUGUGUCCUUCAUACUGGCAACAGGUGGAGCAGCAAGUUUUGGGAUGACCCAAGAUUUCAAAAACCUAAUAGUUAUCGAAGGAUUGGAUAUCAGCCAUUUUAUUCGCACCACUGAAGCUGCAGCUAGCCUAUGUCUACUUGGAUUCUUGUUUGUAGCCAUUUCGUCAAUUUUCUCAUCGUUCUCUCUUCCAAAGAGAGCAUAA